GUGGGAACCUAAAUGCUCAACAACACACCCAAUACGUUUCCCAUGAAAAGGGGAUGUAUACCCAUUCGCUCGCUCUUUCACUGGGUUUUUAUUUUUUUGUAAAGCGCGGGAGACAUGUAAAAGAUGAGUGAGGGAGUGGAGAACUCGGUAGCUAAAGAAACCGCUUGUUUUUGUCAGUAUUUGGUUCAUUUAUGUGUAAGAGGCUUUGAGAGAGUGAAUGAAUUCAGACUCGGAACAAUGGCCUUUCAUAUUGAAGAGGAUGAAUGGAGCUCAGACCCUGGACUUGGUGUGUGAAGUCAAAAAUGGCCCACUCCCCCACAAGUUUUAGACACACAUGUUGGGUAACGUUGAUUCUUUACUUCCUGGGGUGGGGAAAAGGCACAUACUUGCAUACUGGACUUCUCUCUGAACAGUUCAUUAUUUUAACGUUCCUCAAGGUGGUACAUGUGGUUCAGUUUGCCAACUUACUCCAGGUCUUCAGCUAUUCAACUCUGUUCAGGGAUUAGCCAGCUGCAAGGCCUGGAAGGAGGGGCUCAGCAUUCCUGCUCUGCACCUCUGUGUGUGUGUGUGUGUAUGUGUAGAAAGAGUGGGGGGCCCUCUGAGCUAAUUGGCAGUGAGGGUGACAAAGGUGGUCUCCUUCAAAAGAGAUCCUGUUGAGAUGUUCACAUACAGAGGAGAAGGCCGAGGGAGAGGAGGAGUGCAGUGAAGGAGAGUGAUGGGGCUUUCAGAUUUCUGAGUUCAUUUCUUAGCUGUGAUGAUGAUGAUGACGCCGGUGGCCGCUGAUGUCUGGUGGACAAGCGAGAGAGGACGGACUGUGUUUCAGGACGCCAUGGACGUAGUAACCAGUGCAGAGGAUGAAUAAAGUGAACGUUGAGGAGAGCAUCAUGUCGUGCCUGUCGCAGAGCGAGACUGACAGCAUCCCCAACGACUUGAACGUGGUGGCCAUGCUCCACAACUUCUGGGAGCAGAAGCAGAAGAGUCCGCCGAGUGAUUCCUUCAGUGAGUCGGACGGUUCUGUUGGACACGCAGCUGUCCACACAGAGAGCUUACUGUUGUACGAAUCUGCUCCGUCCCCUGGUCCACCCUACGUCUGCUAUGUCACGCUUCCGGGAGGAAGCUGCUUUGGUAACUAUAAGGUGUGCGAAACUCAGGCGGAGGCUCGGAGGGACGCCGCGCGCGUGGCUCUGAUGAACUCUCUCGUGAACGAGCUGCCGUGUCGACGCAUCGACGCGCAGUUCAUCGCUCAGAGUUUGCAGCAGGCGACCGCAGACAGUGCUGUCUCAAUAGAAGAUGCCUGUGAUUCAAGCACCAGUAUAGGAACGUACAGCUUCCUCCUCCACUCCUACAUAGGAAGGACGAUGCUGGAGUUCCAGGAGAUGAUGACAGUUUUCCAGCUGUUGCACUGGAACGGGACGCUGAAAGCACUGAGGAAGAAAAAGUAUUCUCGAAAGAGUGUAAUCGCCUACUACUCUCAGCGAGGCCUCGACGAGUACAUGCGCAGCAGCAUGGCUCUGGAUUGGCUCGUACGGGAACAGAGGACGCCGGGUCAGCUCGGGGAGGAGCUGCAGGUGGCGCAGAGGGAGCUGGUGCUGGCCAGGCGUCAGGGCGUGGAGCUGCGAUACCACAAGGAAAAGACGGAGAUCCUCUCCCUGGCUCUGAGUCAAGCGUACAUGCACGCACCUGAGGCGCCGAGCCAGACGCAGAGUCACACUCACAAACAUGCACAACUUCCUUUACACACGUUCCACAGCCAGAAAACAGAGGUCCGGAUUACACCACCCUGCACCCCGUCACCGACCCUCCGUAAAAACACAGAAUGUCAAACCUCUGGCAAACACAUGGCCUCCAACAAUCCUUCCCCCUGCUCACAGCACACAUAUGGACACGAAGACUGAAGCAGCAUCAAGUACAGAAUUAAAAAUAAAUGGACUACAAAAGGUACACAUACUGAGACAUGAUAAACACGGCUUGGUGGUACUUUCCUGCAUUUUUAUAUACUUUAUUUCGACGUUUAUUGAUUAAUUUCUGUAUUUUUACAUGUUUUUUCAUUGUAUUUCUGUGUCUGUAUGUUAAGGUAUCAGGUACAAAAUGUCUGCUAAUGUUACACCGGCACUAACACUAAAAAAUAAUAAAAGCAAAGAAGGUUCAACGUGUCA